AUGGAUCGCCUCAAUAACACGCUGGUCGCCGCUCUUUUCGCCUUCCACGGCGCGAGUGCCCUGCCGAUCAGCGGUGGGAGCAUUCAGGCAGACAGCUCAGACCUCCACAGCCGCCAGGACUCGCCCACUGAUGGAUUAGCUGUCAUCGAUUCCGUGGCAGACGGCUCUGGUCUCAACCGCCGCCAGGUACCUAGCUACCCGGCAACGCCUAUCCACAACUACCUGGUCCGACCUAAGGCUGCCGGCACUACUUCUCUCAGCGAGCGUCAGGUUGAGGCUGCCGGCGCUGGCUCUCUCAACGAGCGCCAGUUUGAGGUGGUGGACCGCGAGGACGGUGUAGUCGGACGGCGCCAGGAGGAUCAGCCCAUUGUCAGCCCGGAGGUUGCCGCCUCUGGCCCCCCGACGAAGCGCGAGCCCCAGGUGAACGGAGAUGGUGGCGGUCCUUUCGGAAGGCGCCAGAUACCUAGCUACCCAGCAACGCCUAUCCACAACUACCCGGUCCGCCCGAAGACUGUCGGCGCAGUCUCUCUCAGCGAGGACGGCCAGGCCGGCGGCGCAGUCGGGAGGCGUCAGGAGAACCAACCUAUCCUCACCGGUGCCGCGCUCCGCCCGGCGGCCGACGCCGCUGGUCCCGUGACGAAGCGCGAGCCGCAGGUGAACGGAGAUGGUGGUGGCCCGCUCGGGAAGCGCCAGGGAUCGAGAAACCCUGUUGUAGGGGGACAAAUCCCGCCUCCAGCACAAAAGCGUCAGAGAGAGGGGAUUCCCAUGGGAUCUCUCCCACCCAAAUCAUCGUCAAAGCGCCAGGACGGAAACAACCCGAUCCAGAUGGACUGA